AUAUGCAUCUAAACGCACCUUUCUAAAUAUAGUUAUCUUGAUCAUGUGCCUGUGACUAUAAAUCGUACACACUGGAAAUCAACACAACAAUGCGUAAAUAAAAUGGCUAGAUCAGUUGCAGGUCAGAUAGAAACUUCACUUUUGUCAUGUUCAAUAUGCAUGGAACAUUUUAAGAAACCAAAAGCGCUGCCUUGUUUACACACUUUCUGCGAAGACUGUUUGAGGGACUAUAUCGUCAGCAGAUUCGAGUCCGUUGGAAGCUUCCCAUGUCCAAUCUGCAGACAGCUUGUAUACAUCCCUCCAAAUGGAGUGUAUGGAUUUCCCGACAACCACUUUAUUAUCAGUUUACAAGAUACUGUGCAACAUUCCAGUGAAUAUGUAGAAUCUGGAAGUUUUGAUAACAACCUCCCACAGAAUGAACACACAUCUAUUCCUUUAUUACACCCUGACAAAUACUCUGUGAGGUUUACCAAACCUAGGUCUACAAGACUGCUGAAAACGUUCGGCCAUUUUGGUUUAGACCAAGAUGGCUUGGUUCAUGUUUCGGGUAUGGCGUUCUCUCCUCUAACAGGAGAAAUUUUAGUAGCUGAUUGCAGUCUCAACAAAGUUUUGAUGUACUCCAAAUCCGGGGAUUACCUUGGAGGGUUUGUCUGUGAUUGCUCAAUCCGGGAUAUUGCAGUCACUGCUCAAGGGUCUAUUUUGCUGACGGUUAGCCGCGCAGGUUCAGCUAUCAUGAGAGAAUAUGGACACGCGGGCAAUGUAAUUGCCUCCCACGGCUCUUUCUAUAAGUUUGAAAACCCUUUUGGAAUCUGUGUCUCGAGAAUGGGAAAAGUUAUUAUUUCAAGUUUACAAAACAGCAACAUUCACAUCUUCACAGAGCGGAAAAAACCUUCGACGAAGUUCGGCUCUAGAGGGAGUGGGCCAAACCAUUUCAUGGUGCCAUACUACGUUGCUGUCAAUAGUCGCGACGACAUUGUGGUUUCUGAUAGUGGAAACCAUCGAGUGAAAAUUCACAAAAACGAUGGCACUAUUCUUCAUAUUUUCGGCAAACAAGGCUCUCAGAAUGGUGAAUUCUUUUACCCGCAAGGUGUGUUCGUUGAUAAAUACGAUAACAUUUAUGUUGCAGAUGCGAACAACUUUCGAGUUCAAGUUUUUUCACCGGAAGGAGAAUACCUUUCGACACCUGUGGAAAACACUUACGAAUUUGGCGUUGACGUCAAACCAACGAACGUCAUAAUUGUAGAAAACUCUCUGGUUGUAGCUUUACGAGGAACUCGGGUUUCCCUUCUACAAAUAUACGACUGGAAAAAUCAAGACUUCACUAUGAAAACGAAGAAGAAGAAGCGAACUUCAACAAAUCUGUUAGAUUCUUGUUGUCCAUGCUUUUCAUCCUCAAAAAUAAACUACGAUGAAAUAUAAAUAUUUGCGAGUUGUAUUGAACUUAAGUGAAAUUGUUAUUUUCUGUGUCAUUUGCUUAUUUAUCUAGUCAUUUUUUAUUAUUCACAAUGCUUUGAUAAGUGUUAUCAAUCUUGUGGAAUGAACCCUCGGUGUGACUUUUUUGAAUGCACAUUUUGCAUAGCCUAAAUUGCACGAAGCUGGGAAGAAAGGGUAAGGGUCACUGGAUCAAGAAUUGUAACAGACUUAAAUCAACAUCUGAUUGUGAGAUUAUAAUAUCAAAAAUAAUUUUGGUUGUUUAUUACAAAUGACUAGUUUCUCCUUACCUUUCUUGUUUUACCAAUUCCAGAAUGUCUUACCUUAUACAAAAGGGUAUCCGUAAUUUAAUAUUUAUUUUAAAGCAAUCAAUGCACUUUUAA